AUGCCUCCCUUGCGCAAGCGGGAGAGCUCUAACAAAGCUGGUGGUGAGAUGAUCGAAGUCAGAGAUCUCUCCCCCGCUCCUCCACAGCCACCUCAGCAUGCAUAUUCCCCGGUAGAGGACUAUAGGCCUCAGACUAUGGAGUCUGUCCAUUCAGAUUACCGCUCAUCCGCUCGCUCGAGAGACUACGGUAACUUCUCUCGUCCCACCCAAGACGGAAGAGACGACUCCUACUACUACGAGAACCGCUACUCGUCUUCGACACUCGCUUUGGACAGUCCGCAUCACCACAACGGCAAUAUGCCCUCGGGCUACACGCCCAAAUUCGCUCCACGCGCUGCUUCAUACACAGACUCGCCUGCUGGUACCCGAAGCUCUUCACCAUACCCUGGAGCAUCCCCAUAUCGGAGUACGGAUACACUUAGUCGGCCACUCGUUCCCGAACAUAACGCUUCAACUUUUCUCGCCAAAGACUGGGUCAAGGAGGGCUCGAUUGCAAAGCUUCACCACAGAGACGACCGCGAGUUCUUGUCUGGCUGGAGGAGAAAGAUAUAUUACAUGAUCCCUUUCCUGGCCGUCCUCGCCCUUGGUCUUUUCUGGCUGUAUUUUGGCCUCCGUGUCGCCUUCAUUCUCGACGCUCAGAGAACUUUUGGUCAAACAUUCCCGCUCGCAUGGACUUUCGUCACGAUCGAAAUCAUCUGCUCGAUUCCAACCUUUACUCAGACCUUCUGGGCUCUAUUCAGUGUCAAGAAGCGUAACAGGCCAAAGCUCCGGCUCAUCGGUAACGACACUCCAUACGUGGAUGUCUUCAUUACCUGCUGUGGUGAAGAUGACGACCUGGUUCUCGAUACCGUCCGAGCUGCCGCUGAUCUCGAUUGGCCCCGUGACCGCUUCCGCGUGAUCUUGCUCGACGACGGCAAGUCUGCGAGCCUUGAGCGAGCGGUGGAGGAUAUGAAGGAUACCUACUAUAACGUCUUCUAUCGCUCGAGACCCAAGUUCCCUGGUGUUCCUCAUCACUUCAAAGCUGGCAAUCUCAACUACGGUCUCGACGAAGUACACAACAUGCCUGGCGGCGCCUACGAAUUCAUGGCUGCCCUCGACGCCGACAUGAUUCCCGAACAGCACUGGCUCCGCGCUAUCGUACCACACAUGGUUUUGGACUCGAAAAUGGCUUUGGCCUGUCCACCUCAGCUCUUCUACAAUGUGCCCAAGGAUGAUCCCCUUUGCCAGACCCUCGACUUCUUCGUCCACGGACUGGAGCCGAUCAAGGAUGCUUUGGGUGUUGCGUGGUGUACCGGAUCCGGCUAUGUCGUUCGCCGUGAGGCUCUCGACGACAUUGGCAACAUUCCUCUUGGGUCUCUGGCCGAAGAUGUCGCAACAUCCACCCUUAUGCUUGGUAAGGGUUGGAAAACGGCCUUCAUCCACGAGUCUCUUCAGUUCGGCACUGUCCCCGACGACUUUGGCUCCCACUUGAAGCAGCGAACUCGAUGGUGUAUCGGUACUGUCGAUACAGCCAUCAAGCUCAAGUUCUGCUUGUGGGGAGAUGCCGUCCGUCAGAUGACCUUCUACCAGAAACUCUCCAGUUUCAUCUUCGCUUUCCUAAGCUUGUUCAACGUCUUCCAGGUCAUCUCGUACUUCGCGAUGCCAAUCGUUCUGAUCAUGAAUAAGCCCUUGGUCGCCUUCUCGAACGAAGAGCAGCUGCGCUGGCUGAUUCGAGCCUGCUUUGCCUCGAUUAUCGUCGCCAGAAUCACCGAAAUGGUUCUCUAUUUGCCUGCUGGUUAUUCGACUGGUCAGCGCGGUGCGCGCAUGGCCAUCUGGAUGGCACCAUAUCUUGCUCUUACCACACUACGGACUUUCGUUCUGCCCAAGUGGCUCGGCGGUGCUACUCAAGCGUUCAAGCCUACUGGAUCUCUCCAGUCGGCGCUCAACGAGCGCGAUCCCAAGCUUCGUGCGCCUCUAUGGAGACGACUUUGGGUGACUAUCGUCAACUAUAUGGCCUGGUACCACGUUGCCAUGGUCUACCUGAUCCUCACCGCUGUGGUGUUGUCCUCAUACCGAUGCUUCCUCGAGAACGAAUCGGCACGCAACAAGAUUAUGUGUCUCCUCACGCAUGCCUUCUGGCCGCCACUGGCAUGGAUUCUUAUUUGCAGCUCGUUUUGGAUUCCCAUCACCUACGCCUGCGACCCGCCCGAUAUGCCCGACCGCGAGGAGCUUCUGACCCGAGACCCCAAGACCGGUGUCGCGCACCCCACGACGUACAACAAGAAGAUGGCCGUGGCACCUCAAACUGCGUGGUUUGAAUUCGAGAACACGUUCAUGACCCUCUACACGACCGGCAUCUUUGUGUUGUCCUUCUUUUUCUGA